CUCCACUCCGCUCAUUCGCACCGCGAGUGUGUUCGGUGACGCACGCGCCAGCCGUUGGUCUCCCGCGAGACUGCGUGCGUUGUCGCUAUACGCGUACGACAUCGCCGGUAUAAAAAUAAAGCCGGCGACAGACGUCGGUGUCUCGGGUUAAAUUUAAAUGAUAUCGCGGACGUCGUGCCGGGCUCGUCUCGGACCCUCGCCGACAUGAGACUAAGUCGGGGCAUCGUGUGCGAGUGCACGGGCGCGGGCAUGUGCCCCGGCGGCGCGCCCAACGGCACGUGCGGCACGCAGCCCGGCGGGUACUGCUUCGUGGCCGUGGAGGAGCUCUACGACGACAGCGGGCUCGUGGUGCUGGAGCGCACCGCCGGCUGCCUGCCGCCCGACGAGUCGGGCCUCAUGCAGUGCAAGAAAGUGCCCCACCAGAACCCGAAGGCGAUAGAGUGCUGCGAGAAAGACUACUGCAACCGCCGCCUGCGGCCGCAGCUGCCGGAGCCCCCGCCCGACGUCACCGAGACCCCCGGCCUGCGCCCCGCGGGCUCCGUGCCGCACACGGCGCUGGUCGCCGCGGCGCUGUGCGCGGCCCUGCUCGCCUUCCUCGCGGCCUUCUGGCUGCUCUUCAGGAUGCGCAGAAGAGGAUGCAAGCGACCGCCUUCCCCGCCCGCCCCCGCGCACAGCUCGGAGAUCUCCUCGGGCUCCGGGUCCGGCCUCCCGCUCCUAGUCCAAAGAACCGUCGCUAAACAGAUACAAAUGGUCGAGUCGAUCGGCAAAGGUCGCUACGGCGAAGUCUGGUUGGCGAGAUGGCGCGGCGAAAAGGUGGCCGUCAAAGUUUUCUUCACCACGGAGGAGGCUUCCUGGUUCCGCGAGACGGAGAUAUACCAGACGGUGCUCAUGCGACACGAAAACAUCCUCGGCUUCAUCGCGGCGGACAUCAAAGGAACGGGAUCCUGGACUCAGAUGCUUCUCAUCACGGACUACCACGAGAACGGCUCCCUGCACGAUUAUUUGCAGACCGUCGUUCUGGACACGCAGGGUUUGAUGACGAUGGCGUACUCCAUAGUGAGCGGGCUGGCCCACCUGCACAUGGACAUAUUCGGCACCAAAGGCAAGCCCGCCAUCGCUCACAGAGACAUAAAGAGCAAAAACAUCCUCGUCAAAAGGAACGGCCAGUGCGCGAUCGCCGACUUCGGCCUCGCGGUCAGAUACGUGGCGGAGAGGAACGAGGUGGACAUCGCGCCGAACACGCGCGUCGGCACGAGGCGGUACAUGGCGCCCGAGGUGUUGGACGAGAAGUUGGACGUCACCAACUUCGAGGCGUUCAAAAUGGCCGACAUGUAUUCUUUGGGACUGGUGAUGUGGGAGAUGUGCAGGCGGUGUACGACCGGGGACAAGGCGCAGUACGUGGAGGCGUACGCGCUACCGUACCACGAGCACGUGCCGUCGGACCCGUCGUUCGACGACAUGCACGCGGUGGUGGUGGGCCAGCGCGCACGGCCGCCGCUGCCGGCGCGCUGGCGGGCGUCGCCCACGCUGCUGGCGCUGGCGGCGCUCAUGGCGGAGUGCUGGCACCACAACCCGCCCGUGCGGCUCACGGCGCUGCGCGUCAAGAAGACGCUGGCCAAGUUCCGCGCCGAGAGCGCCGUGAAGCUCGUCUGACGAGACUGUUCGUGUAAAUACGUGGCCGACAGUUCCUCCUAUUUAUUGCGUCGCGACGACGACAAUGUUCCCCCGUCAGUGCCCCCAUCGAUUACGAAUUCCGACCACCGCGUUCUUUUAAAAUCUCAGUAUUUGUUAAGUUUAUGUGCUACCAGUGAUUUCAUGUGGAAAUUUGUAAUAUAAAGCACGCCCACGAAAUAGGUACUGCGGUACUCCAUUAAGGAUAUUUUGAUAAAAUACAAGCAAAGAAAGCUCUAUAUUUGUGUGAAAGAAAUACAGAAAACGUAGCCACAUGUUUCUAUUUCGUGUGCAUCUUUUAUUCACGUGCCGGAAUCUUUUCAACUUUGGAUUAUUUUAAAUUACAAACAUAUUUUUUUUUUGUAAUAUUGUUAUGAAGUGUAUGUGUUACGUAGGGUUAAGGUUAAGGAUGGUUUUCUUUUUGUAAUAGAUGAAAUUUGUCUUCCGUUUUGAUAAGUGAUUCGCUCGAUGGCAGCUCGCGCAAGGUUCGUGGACACGGUAAUACUCAGACGACAGCUCCAAACACGUAAUUGUUAUGCCAUUUUGCGGGUAGUAAAGAAACAAAACUGUUUACAAAAUUAAUUGACCUAUCAUUAUGCAAUUUUGCGGGUAGUAAAGAUACAAAGUUAUUUACAAAGAGUAAUUGACCUACUACCCGCUUUAUUUAUAUAAAAUCCGAUACCUCAGGCCUAUCACACAAUAAGAGUUAUCCAGCAACCCUGCUUAAAAAAUGUAUGCAUUAUAAUAAAAGGACGCUCAAUCAUGUAGAAAAUUUCACUUAAAAAUUUGCCAAAAUUGGCAAUUUUUUAAGUGAAAUUUUCUUGCAGUUUUAGAAUUAUUAGUAAAGAAAAUUAUACCUAGAGGCCUUUAAAAAUAGUUCAACAAUUAUUAAAAUACCAAAUUCAGAGCAAAAACAACCUUAAGGAUUAAGUUUAAGGUUGAAUUUGCAAAUGCGACUACUUGAAUUGAGUGUCAAGAAGUUGUGUUUGGCACUCAUUGAGUGGGGACGUUUUUCGGUCGCUGAUUGUGCAUCCACUUUUUAAUAGGAAAUAGAUGAAUGUAUGUUAUUAACAAAAUAUAGGUAGUCAAGAGAGCAUUUGUAUCUCUAUUGCUCAGUGUAGCCACGAUUAUGUGAUUGGAGCUGUUUGUAAUAUUUUUGGAGAUGAAAUACGCGACAUGUAUUGUGAUAUUUCGACAAUAAGAGAAUAUUAUUUUUUAGUAACGAUUUGGCAACUAUCUUGUGCCUCUAUCAACGUGGCGACAUUUUUAGGUUACAUUCACACGGAAUUAUUCGUAUAUCGCCACUAUACAUUCGUAUACGUUGAAACAUACAGUAUAAUGUCGUGUGAAUCUAGCCUAACAUAUCAUAUGUGUAAUUUAUGACAUCAAAUGUGACCAGUUACAUAUUUUUGCUUGGCACCUCAAUAUUUUACACACUGCAUGUGAAAACUGUUAGUAGCAUAGAUUUAAAAGUAAAUAGACAAAACUGAUUAGCGUGCCGUUGUACCUAAAGCAAAAGAAUCGUUUUUUUUUUUUUUGGUGAACCAUUGUAAGCUAACUGGUUACUUAUAGUUUUCAACAAAUUGGGAUUGUAAUUUCGUGCCUACAAUGCUUAUUUCUUAAAUAGAAACAUAAAAAUCUAUUACUGAUUGACAAUAUAAAAAUUUAUUUGGGCUGUCAUUUGUUGAUGGUAUGCGAUGAAUGUUUUUUUCUCUAUUUAUUUCUCUGUUUACAAUAUUAAAUUAAAGACAAGACGUCACAUUCAUAAGCGACUAAUGGAAAAGAUAAAAAGAAACUGUAGACAAAAAAAGUAAUAGACACCAGUAUCGAUAACUGUAAAGAAAUAAGACAAGGGAAUGUGAUAUUCGGUGCUAAAGAGUUUUUCAUAUAGCAUGGGUAUUAUUGUAGUGAGUCGUGGCAAACUUUCAAGAGUGAAACGAAUUGUCACCGUACCCAUGUUAUGUGAAAAACACUUAAGUGGCAGUAGCCGACAUUAGGGAUAAGUUUUACAGUUGUUUACAAUAAUGAAAAUUAUACUCCAUCUACAAUAUAACUACAAUUUGUUAUUAUGUUGAGGUGUCAAUUAAAAUAUUUUGGAUAUACGACAUUGAGAGAUAAUGUGUUGAUAGCAGGCUGACGGGAAUAAAGAAAACUGAUGUAACUUUAGUGGAAUCGCGUAUGUUCGGUUGUACUUAAAAUGGUGGAAAAAAGACUAAAACGUGGAGAAAGUAUUAGCGAUAGAUGGUCAAGUGCAGUGUCUUAUGAGAUGCCUUCGAUUAGUAUUAAUAUGAUGUUUUGUAUUGCGACGCUCUCGCUUUCAAAUUUGAGAAAUAAGUCCCGGGUUCGAUACUCGUUCGUUGGACCACAGUCGUACCUACUCCUGACAGGAGUAAUUGGCGGAGAAGAGGAAUAUUAUUCAGAUUAAAAUAAUAUGCUAAAACAAUUUUUUUUAACUAAUAAUACAUAAAUACAUAACCAUAGAUAGGUAAAUAAAAAUUGUAUAUACCUAACUAUAAAUUCAUAUAUGAAACUAUCAAUUUCUAUGUUUUUGAGUUUAUGGCUGUUUUGACAUUAUAUAAGUAGCAAAAAAAACUAAAAAAUAAAAUUAAAAGGCAUAAAAUUAAGACUGAAUCAAAAAUAUUCAAAUCUAUCGAGCGUUUUUCAGUGUUAAUGUAAUAUAAAUAAGGGUCAAAUUUGAAAGCGAAGCGUGCGUUAGCAUUUAUUGUGCGUCCGCGCGCCUGUACAGUGUUGUGUAUAUAUAGCGAUAGAUUAGUACCUAAUACAUGUUGCUAGUUAAGUUACAAAUAAAAUAUUAAUGGACAUUCA